CUGAGGCCGGAUCCCCUCCGAUGCCGGGCCCCCGCAGCGCCUUGCAGGCCUGGUGCCGCCGCCAGUGCGAGGGCUACCCGGGCGUGGAGGUCCGAGAUCUCAGCAGCUCCUUCCGGGACGGCCUGGCCUUCUGCGCCAUCCUCCACAGGCACCGGCCCGAUUUGCUGGAUUUCAGCACACUCUCUAAGGAAAAUGUUUAUGAAAACAACCAGCUGGCAUUUCAGCUGGCAGAGCAAGAGCUGGGGAUCCCUGCCUUGCUGGAUCCCAGUGACAUGGUCUCCAUGAAGGUCCCCGACUGCCUGAGCAUCAUGACCUACGUGUCUCAGUAUUACAACCAUUUUAAUAACCCCAGCCAAGCCAGAGUCCCCCUACCUAUGAAGCGCCCAACGGUUGCCCCUGCAUCCGCUUUGCCAGUUCACAGGGCUGUAUCCGACACCUCGCUGACACCUCAGGACAAUGCAGCAGAAGGCCUGGCUGAGCAGUCCCAGCGCAACACCCUCAGUAGCACGUGUGCAGCUUGCCAACAACAUGUUCACCUGGUCCAGCGCUAUCUGGCAGAGGGCAAACUAUACCACCGUCAGUGCUUCAGGUGUAAGGAAAGCUCCAGCUCAAGCCUCCCCGGAUCUUACAAGCCUCGGCCGGAAUCAGGCACGUUUGUGUGUACCCAACGUCAUGGCAAGCGAAGCCUGAGCAUGAGGACAGAGGGCAGGCCCAGCCCCGAUCUUCUUCACCCAGGGAAAAGGUGUGAGGCUGGGACGGCGAGUGCUGGUGAGGAGGAAGAGAACGGGGUAUUGGAGAGUCACCCUUCAGCUGCUCAAGAGGCGGCGGAGAGAAUGGCGGAUGGAGAGGCGAUGGAGGUGCCGCCUGCCCAGCUCAAGAACGAAGCAUUCCGCUCUACGCCCAGCUCUGAACGUGCCCCCCAAAUGCCUCCCAAGCCUCCUGUGCCAACCAAACCCCCUCUGCUGGGCCAGGAUAAAGCCCACCUGCAGCAUGGACCGCUCAAGGAGACCCGCCCCACCCCCGCCCCCCGGAAGGCCACAGACUCAGCAGCCCUGUCUCCACCCAACUCCCAUCCAGUCCCGAAGCCCAGAGCCAACGUGCAGAGCGAGGGAGGCUGUGAGCCAGGCUCUGGCAUCGUCAAUGGUGGGACGCCUGGGCCUCCAGUUCCAAAGCCCAGAGGCAGACCGGCUUCCUCAGACCGUGCUGGAGAAACUCCAAGGGGAAAGGACCCUCCAUGGAUUGCGUUGGUCCAGGCAGAGCCCAAGAAGAAGCCCGCUCCUCCCCCUCCAGGCAGUAGCAGAGAAACCCCACCAAGGGCUUCUGAAGAGGAGGAGGAAGACGGAGAAGGGGCAGCAAGGGAGGCAAGAGGCAGAGAGGGCAGGCCCCGAGAGCGAGAGCCCUACAACCCCUUUGAGGAUGAUGAUGAAGAUGGCGGUGCUGUUGCAGAGGAGGAAAUUCUCACACCGCCAGGCACACGGCAGCCGGAGCAGAGCGAAGCCACCCCCAAGGUCCUCCACCCCUGGUACGGCAUCACACCUACCAGCAGCCCAAAGACAAAGAAGCGGCUGGCUCCAAGGGCUCCGAGUGCCUCCCCACUUGUUCACCAUCCCAUCUCCAGGCUUUCCCACUCAGAGCCAUCUUCUUCUGUCCCAUCUCCUGCCCUCAGCCUGGAGAGCAUCACGUCUGAGUGUCUGGCCAAGACCGAUGGCAACCUGGAUGAGACUUCCGUGCCCAAGAGCUCCUCGGAGCCAAUGGUCCACGCUCCAGCAGCUUCCACAGUCCCCUGCUCGGACCUUCCGCCUACCAGCCCCUCUUCCAGUGAGAUCCCUGCUGUUCUGCCCAGCUGCUCCCCUAACUCCUCAUUUUCAUCAUCCAGUGAUUCGGCUACCUACAGCAAUGGAGCAGAUGUACAGGCUACCAGAAGCUGUUCAGCUGGCAGCUUGAAAAUUAGCCCGGGACGAAUGUCUCCCAAGCUUCCUCCUGGUGCUUCUCCGACCCCUGCUGACAUCUUGACAUCUGAUCUGAGUGGGGCUGUUAGGAAUUCCCCUUCACCGAAGGCACAGCAGAAGUCUUCGUGUAAAGAGAAUCCCUUCAACCGGAAGCCAUCACCUGCUACUUCCCCUUCGAUUAAGAAGACCCCGAAGGGACCCAAACCGCCGAGGCCUCCUGCUCCAGGACACGGUUUCCCACUCAUCAAGCGGAAGGUUCAGUCAGAUCAGUAUGUCCCGGUGGAGGAUAUUUAUGGUGAGAUGGACAGCAUUGAGCAGCAGCUGGAUGAGCUGGAGCACCAAGGAGUGGAGCUGGAGAAAAAGCUCCGCAGCAUGGAGAAUGAUGCUCCUGAAGAUGGCCUGUUGGUAGACUGGUUCAAACUUAUCCAUGAGAAGCACAUGCUGGUGCGCCGUGAGUCUGAGCUCAUCUACAUUUUUAAGCAGCAGAACUUGGAGCAGCGCCAGGCAGAUGUGGAGUAUGAACUCCGGUGCCUUCUCAACAAACCUGAGAAAGAGUGGACGGAUGAGGACCGGGCAAGGGAGAAGGUGCUGAUGCAAGAGCUAGUCACCAUAAUCGAACAACGGAAUGCCAUCAUCAACUGCCUGGACGAGGACCGGCAAAGGGAGGAAGAAGAGGAUAAAAUGUUAGAAGCCAUGAUUAAAAAGAAAGAAUUUCACAAGGAGGCAGAGGCUGACAGCAAGAAGAAAGGAAAAUUCAAGCCCAUGAAAGUGUUGAAACUACUUGGGAACAAGCACGAGUCCAAAAACAAAUCUCCCAAGGAGAAAAGCUAGAACAGGUCGGAGCUGGAAGGAUGCUGCGGUGAUCCUCUUUGGCUGGCGCCUGGCAAACAGGACUUCUGCUUCCUGCCCUUUUUUAGAAGCUGUGCUUCACCGUACACCAAAGCUGGCUGUUCCCAGAGGGGUUCCGUCAACUUC